CUCGGCGGGUGGGCAGGACUGGAGUUUGUUGACGGCGCACAGCUUUGUUCAGUGCCAUGCCGUCACUGGUUCGCCGCGGGUAUUGGCGAAGAGUCCUGGAAGCCAACGACGGAGAGCCAGAGAAACUCAAGGAGAUCGUGUUGAAGGACGCGGAGGUGGUUGGCAUCCUGGGCGCCUUGGUGCUCACCAUCACCGUGGCGGGGCUCACCAUCGUGGAUGGCCAUCUCAGCGAGCCCUCCGGGCCGCGGAUCCUCUACGCGCCGCGGAAGGUGCUCCUGAGCUUUCUGAGUUUCGUGUUCUCCUUGAACGCCUUGAUGACGGCGUCCAGAGUGCUGCUGUCCAUCAACAAGCUGCAUCCCAGGGACGUUUUGCAAUGCCUGGAAUCCCUCGAUGAGUGGGAUACUGCCGACGGCUUCUGGUGGUUCAACCGGAGCUUGGUCUUCUUGCUGCUGGCGGUCUGGGUGCUCGUGGACCUGCUGUACGACCACACCUGCUUCCUGCUGUGUGGCGUGCUGGCGCUCGUUCCGCUGGGCAUGAUGUGGCACCUGCACCGCGCGCACGUGGCCGUGGUGUGGCCGAUGAUCCGCCUGGCCGCGGAGGGCAGCGCCAGUGCCAGCGCCAGUGGCAGCGCGUCCUUGGAAGCGACUCCGUCGUCCUCGGAGCGGCUGGUGGAGCAAGGCCUGAAGCUGCAGGUGUAGAUGAAGCGGCCUGAAGGUCCUGAUGUGGUUGUGGAGCUGAUGAGGUCGGAGGUCCUGCAGUGAGUGGCAAGGCCCUUCUCGGAGCCCAGCUGAGGCCAUGUGAGUCGUCUGAGCUGCACGAACUCAGCCCCAAGUGGGAGGCCCUGGGCCAGACUUUACCGAGGCCACUACCACCAUGAAGGCCUGAAAGGGCCCUGAAAGGGCCCUGAAAGGCCGGGCGUGCUCCAGUUCAUGCUCGCAGGAUGCGGUUGGUCGAAGCUGGACAGACCGUCCCGGUUG